CUCCUCUUCUCUCUUCUUCUCCUCUAUCUCGCUCUCUCUUAUACAAGAGAUUCUCCGUGUUUUUUUACGCCUUUUUAUUUUGUUAUUAUUGUGACAUUGUGGGGAUUUAAAUCCAUUCGAUAUUGAUUCAUCGAUUGCUAAUAUAGUAAGAUCAGUUAUAACAAGUUUUCGAGCCAAAGUGGAAUUGCCUGAAACUCCCGUGAGCACUUCACCUCGAGAAUGUCCGAUCAUUGGCUGUAAAUGCUUUGCGUAUCUGGCAAUGUUAAGGUCUCAGGAAUUGCUUGCUUAUUGAUGGACUGCAUGCACAACUGCAGUGACAAGAAGACACUGAAGAGGUGGUUUUUCAUAGACAAAAGGGGUGGUUGAGAAGGAUACUACUUCGUUAAGACGACGCUAUUCGAAUCAUUCUCGAGUCGUGUGGAAUUGUUGUGCUUUUUCCGUUAAUCCAAACCCGAUGGAUUUGAAGACUAACCAUAGUUCCCCUGUCAUAACCGAUCCCGUGCCCGUAAACAAUUCGAUACUAGGUUUGCAUUCUAGCAUGAUGCCUUACGCGAGUUCCUCCGUGGGAUAUAAUUCUUCCGGGAUGUACGCAAACACACCCAGGAAAAAGGCCAUACCUGGUAAGCUCGGUGAAAUUCGAGCUAAUAGUCUGCUGGACGCGAUGACAGCCUCUUCGCCUCCUCGUAAGAAGCUUAAUAAGGAGUUUGGUUUAGAUGCCGCAAUCGAUGAAACUGAUCCAGCCUAUCGCGCUUGGACGAUGAGGUAUCCGUCAGCUUUAACUUCGUUCGACCAAAUCACGGGAUGUGCGAAAGGAAAGAAGCUGGCACUGUUUCUAGACUAUGAUGGAACUCUUUCACCUAUUGUGGACAACCCGGACAACGCUAUCAUGUCUGAUGCGAUGCGCGAAGCUGUUAAAAAUGUGGCCAAGUGCAUCCCUACUGCAAUUAUCAGCGGAAGGUCUCGAGAUAAGGUUUUCGAAUUUGUAAAACUAACAGAACUAUACUAUGCUGGUAGUCAUGGAAUGGACAUAAUGGGCCCAGUCAGAAAAUCUGAGCCUGUCGGUCACCGUCAGAACUGCAUUAGGACCACUGACAAGCAGGGUAAGGAGGUGAAUCUUUUUCAGCCUGCAGGCGAGUUUCUACCUAUGAUCGACGAGGUUUUUAGAUCCCUCGUCGAGAUUGUUAAAGAUAUUGACGGUGCACACGUUGAGAACAAUAAAUUUUGUGCGUCUGUACACUACCGUAAUGUAGAUCCAAAGGAUUGGGACGACAUUGGCGAACGCGUGAACGCGUUCUUGAAGGCCUACCCUCGUUUGCGACUAACCCACGGGCGGAAGGUUUUAGAAGUCCGGCCUGUGAUAGAUUGGAACAAGGGGAAGGCUGUUGAGUUUCUGCUCGAAUCACUCGGACUGAGUGAUUGCGACGAUGUGCUCCCGAUUUAUGUUGGGGAUGAUAAGACCGACGAAGAUGCAUUUAAGGUGCUGAGAGAGAGGAGCCACGGUUUCGGGAUCCUAGUAUCGACCGUGCCGAAAGAAACUGAUGCGUUUUACACUCUGAGAGAUCCCUCGGAGGUAAUGGAGUUUCUGAAAUCACUGGUCAGAUGGAAGGAGGCUGCAUCAGAGGAAUACGAGGAUAAUGAGUCUACUACUGACCACUAAACAUUACAGAUAAAAAAGUUAUAGAUACAGUCGCAGAUAGACGACCGCAAACGAAUAAGCCCGGCUGCGGUGUGAGGCUAUCCUUUUGUGGCAGAACGUCAUUUCGUUUCUGCUUUGUUGCAUUUAUUUGUUUAUCUUGUGUGUUUCAACCCGUAGCCAGCAUAUUUAUGAAUAUAUAUACGUAUAUGGUGCUUCUUUUUUAUUUUUAUUUUUUUUAAGAAUCCGUUGCUGGUAUAUUUCAGUGGUCAUUUUUAUUCAUUAGCUCCUUGUAAAGGUACAAUUGUUGCUAAAUUAUUUAGAUUCAAUUUGUGCCUUUUUUGUUUUUUGCCUCUCU